GCGGCGCGUGGCCGGCGAUCCAGCGCUGGAGCCGGGAAGGGGGGGCGGGGGAGCGAUGGUCGCAAGAUGGCGGCACUGAAGGAGGGACGGAGCUACGGGCUGUCGUGCGGGCGGGUGAGCGACGGCAGCAAGGUGUCCGUGUUUCACGUGAAGCUCACCGACAGUGCCCUGAGGGCCUUCGAGAGCUACCGCGCCAGCCAGGAUUCUAUUUCGCUGAGACCGUCAAUUCGAUUUCAGGGAAGUCAAGGGCACAUCUCCAUCCCCCAGCCCGAUUGCCCUGCGGAAGCGCGGACCUUCUCCUUCUACCUCUCCAACAUCGGCCGCGACAGUCCCCAGGGCAGCUUUGACUGCAUCCAGCAGUAUGUGUCCAGCCAUGGGGAUGUCCACCUGGACUGCCUGGGCAGCAUCCAGGACAAAGUCACAGUGUGUGCCACCGACGACUCCUACCAGAAAGCGCGACAGAGCAUGGCGCAGGCCGAGGAGGAGACGCGGAGCCGCGGUGCCAUUGUCAUCAAGCCUGGAGGCCGCUACCUGGGUAAGAAGGUUCAGUUUCGGAAACCAGCCCCAGGGGCGACAGAUGCUGUGCCCUCUAGGAAGCGGGCGACCCCCAUCAACCUGGCCAGCGCCAUCAAGAAGAGCAGCGUUGGUGGUGUUAGUGGGGGCAGUGGGGUGUCUCAGAGGCCCUUCCGUGAUCGGGUGCUACACCUCCUGGCACUGAGGCCUUACCGGAAGGCCGAGCUGCUGCUGCGGCUGCAGAAGGACGGCCUCACGCAGGCAGACAAGGACGCGCUGGAUGGCCUCCUCCAGCAGGUGGCCAACGUGAACACCAGGGACGGCACAUGCACGCUGAAGGACUGUGUGUACAAGGACGUGCAGAAGGACUGGCCCGGCUACUCGGAGGGGGACCAGCAGCUGCUGAAGCGGAUGCUCAUCCGGAAGCUGUGCCAGCCACAGAGCACAGGCGGCAUCCCUGGAGACUCUGCUGCUGCCAGCCCUCUGGGCGAGCAUGGGAGCUCAGCCUCGCCCCCCCAGAAACGGCCGCAGCCUCCUGAUUUCAUCGAUCCCCUGGCCAACAAGAAACCCAGGAUAUCGCACUUCACCCAGAGAACUCAGCCUACAGUCAAUGGGAAGCUGAGCACACCCCACAGCCGUGAGGCCCUGCUGCCCACCCCAGGCCUGCUGGCUAGCACAGACUCCCACCUGCCCCCGCGGCUGGAGCACCCUCAGGCCCAUGACCCCCUGGCCCAUGUCAGCAACGACCUAGGCCACAGUGGCCGGGACUGUGAGCACGGGGAUGCGGCCGCCUCAGCCCCCACUGCGCACCUCAGCCUGCCCCUGCUGAUGGACUGUGCCCAGCCCAGCAGGCCCCACAGUGGUUCCUCGCGCGGCAAGUCCAAGAAGAAGUCCAAGAAGCACAAAGACAAGGAGAGGGCAGCUGAGGACAGGCCCCAGGCCCAGCUGCCAGACCAUGUGCCUGGCCCCCUUGGAGCCCCGCCAGAUGCCCCAGGUUUAAACGGGGCCUGCAGCAGCUCCAGCGUCCCCACGUCGACCUCGGAGACGCCUGACUACCUGCUGAAAUACGCCACCAUCUCCUCCUCGGAGCAGCGUCAGAGCUACAAGAACGACUUCAAUGCUGAGUACAGCGAGUACCGCGACCUGCAUGCCCGCAUCGAGCAGAUCACGCGGCGCUUCACGCAGCUCGACGCCCAGCUCCGGCAGCUCUCCCAGGGCUCUGAGGAGUACGAGACUACUCGCGGGCAGAUUUUGCAGGAAUAUCGAAAAAUCAAAAAGACCAACACCAACUACAGCCAGGAGAAGCACCGCUGCGAGUACCUGCACAGCAAGCUGGCCCACAUCAAGAGGCUCAUCGCCGAGUAUGACCAGCGGCAGCUGCAGGCCUGGCCCUAGCCCGAGGCUGCGGGCCAGGAGGUCUACUCUGCUGGCCAGGCCAACUCACCUCACCGGGCUGACCUUUCUGGAUGGCGGGGAGCUGGGGUUGGGGGAGCUAAAGACGGG